GCGAGCUGUCCGCGCCAGCUGAACUCUUCCCAAGUGUCCUGCGGGUCGGCUACCCCGUGCGAGUGGGUGGCGGGCUUUCUAGGUGCCGGCGGGCUUUGGGCGCGGGAAGGACGCAGGGAGGACCAGAUUUCUCCGAUCGGCUGCAGCUCGGAUCUCAGUCCGCGGUCGCUCAGUGUGGCGGAAGGCGCUCUGCCCGAGAAAGGGCGGGUAAGUGCGACGCUGCCGAGUCCCGCGCGACACCCGUGUGACUGCCAAGCUGGGAGCCGGCUGGGCUCCCGGACGAGACCAGUUGUACGGAGCCAAAGUUCCUUCCUCUUAGGCAACCUGAUCAGCUCUCCUUCUCCCGGGGCCGGCCCCAAGGCCCCGCCAUGGACAGCGAAAGCGAGGUGGAUUUUUCCAGCAACGGCGUCACCCCUUUGUGGCGGAGAAGGUCCACCCCUCCUCUCCAGCUCCUCGGCCGUAGCAAGCCGCGGCCACAGUCCUACCAAAGCCCCAGCGGGCUGUUGAUCACUGACUUCCCGGUGGAGGAGCUGGUCUCUCUGCCUACGCCGCAGACUCCCGCCUGCGUGUCCGCCGUCCCAGACGGCAGGACAGUGUCCAGGAGCCCCCAGCUUCUGUGCGCGCUUCGGAGGCCGGUGACCAAUGGUCGCACGCUGUCCCCGGACUAUAGGGCUGCUUCUCCUCGACUUCGACGACCCAAGUCACCCCUAGUUCUUCACGAGGCGUCGGGCGGCUCUCUGAAGUCCCCCACUAAUGGCACGGUGGCCUCGCCGGCGGCUCUGUCGUGCGCUUCGCCGACUCCGGACGCUCCUGCCUCAUACGACUCCGAGGAGAACCUCAAUGGGGUAACUGCUAGUAAAGUAUCUUCUCCCAUUGCCAAUGGCCUUGUCCUUAAAAACGACUCACCUGGCCCAGCUUCACGAACUGGUCAGACGGCUAGGGACUUGGAGCCCGGCCCCUUGAGACUCUCUCCUACUACCCAACACAAGUCUUCAGAACAGAAACUGCCGCUCCAAAGGUUGCCCUCCCAAGGGAAUGAGCUCCCGAACCCUUCUGUGGUUUUGAGUACCAACAGCCCCGCCGCCCUCAAGAUGGGAAAGCAGCAGAUCAUCCCAAAAAGCCUUGCCUCGGAAAUUAAGCUGAGUAAAUCCAACAGUCAAAACGUAGAGCCCCAUAGGAGGCUCCUCAAGGUGCGCAGCAUGGUGGAAGGACUGGGAGCACCCCUGAGCCAGGAAGGGGAGGAAGGCGAAGUCGACAACGACAUGGACAGCCCCGGCUCUCUGCGUCGAGGCUUGCGAUCCACUUCUUACCGAAGGGCAGUGGUCAGUGGCUUUGAUUUUGACAGCCCCACCAGCUCAAAGAAGAAGAACAGAAUGUCCCAGCCUGUUCUGAAGGUAGUGAUGGAAGACAAGGAGAAGUUCUCCAGCCUGGGAAGGAUAAAGAAAAAAAUGCUGAAAGGACAAGGAACAUUUGAUGGGGAAGAAAAUGCAGUGCUGUAUCAAAACUACAAAGAAAAAGCCCUAGAUAUCGACUCUGAUGAAGAAUCAGAGCCCAAAGAACAGAAGCCAGAGGAAAAGAUUGUGAUUCACCAUAAGCCACUGAGAUCCACAUGGAGCCAGCUCUCUGCGGUGAAAAGAAAUGGGCUGUCUCACACAGUGAGCCAGGAGGAAAGAAAGAGACAAGAGGCCAUCUUUGAAGUCAUAUCUUCUGAGCAUUCCUACUUACUCAGCUUGGAGAUCUUGAUACGGAUGUUUAAAGAUUCUAAAGAACUGAGCGACACGAUGACUAAAACAGAGCGGCAUCACCUUUUCUCCAACAUCACAGAUGUCUGUGAGGCCAGCAAAAAAUUCUUUACAGAGUUAGAGGCAAGACAUCAGAACAACAUCCUUAUAGAUGAUAUAAGUGACAUUGUAGAAAAGCACACCGCAUCCACAUUCGAUCCCUAUGUGAAAUACUGCACCAAUGAAGUCUAUCAACAGAGAACUCUGCAGAAGUUGUUAGCCACCAACCCUUCCUUUAAGGAAGUACUGUCACGGAUUGAGUCACAUGAAGACUGCAGGAACUUACCCAUGAUCUCUUUCCUCAUUCUCCCCAUGCAGAGAGUGACUCGCCUCCCCCUGCUGAUGGAUACUAUCUGUCAAAAAACACCCAAGGAUUCUCCGAAGUAUGAAGUCUGCAAAAGGGCCUUGAAGGAAGUGAGCAAGUUGGUUCGACUGUGCAAUGAAGGAGCACGGAAGAUGGAAAGGACGGAGAUGAUGUACACAAUUAAUUCCCAGCUGGAAUUUAAAAUUAAGCCUUUUCCCCUCGUCUCCUCUUCCCGGUGGUUGGUGAAAAGAGGGGAGUUGACAGCCUAUGUGGAAGACACCGUUCUGUUCUCAAAGAGGAUGUCCAAACAACAAGUCUACUUCUUCCUCUUCAACGAUGUGCUUAUUAUCACUAAGAAGAAGAGUGAGGAAAGUUACAACGUCAAUGAUUAUUCUUUAAGGGAUCAGCUGUUGGUGGAAUCUUGUGACAGUGAAGAGCUUAAUUCUUCUCCAGGGAAGAACUCUUCCACAAUGCUUUACUCAAGACAGAGCUCUGCCUCUCACCUCUUCACUCUGACUGUCCUCAGCAACCAUGCCAGUGAGAAGGUGGACAUGCUGCUCGGCGCUGAGACCCAGAGUGAGCGAGCCCGCUGGAUCACAGCUCUAGGACACAGCAGCGGGAAGCAGCCACCAGAUCGAACCACACUGACCCAGGUGGAAAUCAUUAGAUCUUUUACUGCCAAGCAGCCAGAUGAACUCUCCCUACAGGUGGCAGAUGUAGUCCUCAUUUAUCAGCGUGUUGGCGACGGCUGGUAUGAAGGGGAACGACUUCGAGAUGGAGAAAGGGGCUGGUUUCCAAUGGAAUGUGCAAAGGAGAUAACAUGCCAAGCUACUAUUGAUAAGAAUGUGGAGAGGAUGGGACGUUUGUUAGGACUGGAAACCAACGUGUAAUCUCUCAGAUGGCCAACAGAAUGGGGGCUGGUUUUCCUGUUAUCACAGUCUGCUUAAUUAAAAAGAAUGGAAACACAUGCCUAUAAGCUUGCCAAGUUGUUCUGUACUCUCGGCAGAACAGCUAUAGAUGAAGUUAGUCCACAAAGCUCAGUUUUUGCAUAAUGAUGCUCCUAAACCUCUCUGACUCCAUUGAACAGCCCUGGUUCCCUCCACUUCCAUCCAGUGUGUCAUGUAAGAUGCUGUAUUUUGGCUUCUCUGUCUUCAUUUUAUCUAGAACAUUGCUCUUCCCGCUUAAGUUUCUCCUUUGUGCAGACCUGCAGCAUCAGCAAGUUUGUCUAUAAGGAGUGUCCAUUUUGUAAAUACUUUUUGUGUCUUAGCCUAAUGCUGUUAAUUCCAAAAGGAACUAAUAAGAGUUCAGUAGGUAAGCUGUCAUGGUUUGUAAACCCCUUUCUACGAAAGGGAAAUUGACACUUGAACUUUGCUGCCAUUUUCCUCAUUAGAAGGAAAGUGAGGGGCCACCCAGUGAGGAUUUUCAAAAUCCAUCUCAUUCAAUAUUGGUCUUAGGUAACUUUAGCUUAAUAAACCCAAGCUACUAAAAUCACAUAGGUUUUUACAGUUCACAUAUGUGAGGACAUUGGGAAGACAGGAUAUUAUGAGUCAACUGCCCAAGAGCUGACCCAAGUCUGCUGCUUUGCCUUCAGUAAUGCAUGGUUCCUGACUUGCAUGGUUCCUGACUGUUCUGCUUGUUCUCAAGUAGAAAGUGGCUGCAACACACAUUUACAAAUUAAGGAAGAAAAUUAAGCUUAGAGAAUAUCAAGAUGUGAGCAUGGUAUCAAUAUUUUGACCUUAAUGGGAAUUAAUCACACUCAAUACCUGAUGGCUGGGUUUGGAAUCUCUCUUAGCUGUGAGUUCCUAUAGGACAUUAUUUUUCCACUAGUAGAAAGAGACACGGUAGUAUACUAGAGUUAUGAAGUUUUGAAAGAUUGACUGGAUAAGUAUUUUCAUUGGUAGCUAUUCUGUUCACUAAGUAACAACUACAUAUACAUUAUGGGGGGGGGGGUGCUCAGAUCUUUGUCAUGUGUCCAUGCCCCUGUCUAAACAGCACCUACACCUUAAGGGUCCAGAACCCAAUCAAUGUGUAGGUGUGCCUCAUACCCUUCAACCCAUCCACCUUGGCAGUAAGCCAGAGUAGACAUCCCAGGGGCUUUCUCACCUUUAGGUUGCUUUCCUUUUGCCUCUAUAUGUAAUCCUUGCAAAAGAUAUUCCAGGCCCAAAUUCUUAGAGGUAUGAGUGAGUAUGUGAGUGAAGCAAUAGCAGUGGCCCACAGCAAGAAAUGCCCUCAGAGUAUAAAACCGUAAAUGUCGCUCCUCUUCAAUAAUGUCACAGACUUUUUAGAAGAAAUGCUAACAAAUUAUAGUUUAAUCUAAUGCCAUGUUUUACUUAGGAUGAAGGUGUUGCUUGCAAGAGGAGUAAUUUUGUAUUAUUUUUGCUAAUACUGAUUUGGAGCUAUAAAGUAACAUUAUGGAUCCUGUGAAUUAAUUUAUAAGUAGUAAGCGUGUGAAAAUAAAUGUAUCCUUUAAGUCAAGCAGCCAAACACUGUUAUUAAAAUGUCCCUGUAUAGCAGGUAUUUAACAGUCAUAGUGUUUCAUUUCAAUUGUGAUUGUUUUUAACAGGACACUUUUUUUUUUUCAAACAUACUUUUUAAAAUGUGUUCUUUGAAAUGUAAGGUGACUUCAUGCAUGCAAAACUGAAAUGUUACUUUUGUUUCAAUAAAUUGAAACUCUUGUACACUUUCAACAAAGCUUGUGAAUUUAUAAAGAUUUUAUAUACAUCUGU